CUGCUGGCCAUGUUAUUACAGCCCGGGUGCAUGGCCUCUGGUCCUUUCCCCGUGUAUCGCACACAGUACCUCGGCCGUAUGAUUAGCGGAGAGAUUGUCCCCAUGACGUUCUAGAACCCCUGCGCGUUCUACAUUCCAUUCCACCGGCUUCUCAUUCAGCCCUCCCUCCUCUGCCACCCAAGCACGUGCCCGCCGUGCGCGCCCCCGCUCUAAGGAGUAUGCUGUACCGGCUGGGCAUUCUGUACCUCACUGUGAGAGCAGCCAAACACAUGGCGACCGCAAGCACAGCUGGCCUGCAGCCCGGAGGGGACUCCUUCUAUUACUUUGCCUAUGGGAGUAACCUGUUAAAAGAGCGGAUUCUCCUGGACAACCCGUCUGCAUCCUUUCACACCAUAGCCUUACUAAAGAAUUUCAAGCUUGCUUUUGGCACCUCUGAAGGUAACAUGAGUUCCAGGUGGCACGGAGGAGUGGCUACUGUGGUGGAGAGUGAAGGAGAUGAAGUCUGGGGUGUUGUAUGGAAAAUGGGCAUUUCUUCUUUGAACUCUUUGGACAUACAGGAAGGUGUUCACAAGGGCAUUUAUGAACCAAUUGAGAUUAAAGUCCAGACAGCGGGAGGAGAUCUCAUCUGCCGGUGCUACCAAAUGAAUAAAUGUGUUUACGGACUCACGUCCCCCCAGUACAAACAGGUCAUGUGCAUGGGGGCAAAGCAGAACGACUUACCACUUCAAUAUCAGAAGAUGUUGGAAGAUAUACAAACCAACGAUUAUUCAGGUCCAGUCCCAAUCAUGGACAGAUUAAUGGAUGCAAUCAGAAAUAUACACAAUGAUGAAUAAUUAGAGUUUGCAUUCAAUUUAAGCAGGCAUGCUUAGUUCCCCUCUGAACAGAUUUAGUAUUGAAACUUGUACAUAAAAAUAUUACUAGAACUCCCAUAGAAUUAUCUUGUACAACAACAAAAAAAUGAAUCACACAAGAUAUUCACUGUGAAAUCCCAACUUAUUUUAUAAUUUUAUAUUAUAUUUUGUCUUAAAUGUGACAACUCCAUUCUCAUUGCACAAUUUAUCUAUCUGCUUAAUGA